AUACAAAUUUGGAAAAAAAUAAAGAAAUAAAAAAUUAAAAAUGGGGAAACAAAACUGAAGCAAGAAGAAAGGAGCAACAACAGGGGACAAGAGUGUCACCAUGUCUAUUAAUUAUUCAAUUCUCCUAUCCAUAUAUAUCUAUAUCUAUAUAUACAUAUAUAGCAAGAAGUCUAGUUUGUUUAUAUUCUAUAACUCAAUUACAGAUUCAAGUAAUCAUUGAUCAUCAAUCAACCUUCAUCUUCAAUUCAGAUUUACAUAGAUAUGAGAAGAGGAAGGUGUUAUCUGGAUAUUAGCAUCGGUGGAGAAUUAGAGGGCAGGAUUGUGGUGGAAUUGUUCACCGAAAUCGUCCCGAAAACCGCUGAGAAUUUCCGGGCACUCUGUACCGGUGAGAAGGGUGUUAGCCCCAUCACCGGAGUUCCACUGCACUACAAGGGUGUUCGUUUUCACCGGAUGAUUAAAAGCUCCAAGAUUGAAGGAGGUGAUAUUUCGGGCGGGGAUGGAACCGGUGGAGAAUCCAUCUACGGUCCAACGUUCGAAGACGAGAAUUUCGAGCUAAAACAUGAGAGAAAAGGAAUGUUGUCGAUGGUGAACUCGGGCCCAGACACAAACGGGUCGCAGUUUCUUAUCACCACGACCCGGACUCCAAACUUGGAUGGGAAAUAUGUUGUGUUUGGGAAAGUGGUUAAAGGGAUGGGGACCGUGAAGUCGAUAGAACACGUUGCUACUGACGACGAUGAUCGCCCGGUUCUCGAUGUUGUCAUCGAGAACUGUGGCGAGAUUAAAGACGGGGAGGAUGAUGGAAUGGGAAACUUUUUUAAAGACGGAGACGAGUAUCCUGACUGGCCCGCUGACCUUGACAACGGGCCAAGUCAGCUCUCGUGGUGGUUGGAUGCUGUCGAUUCGAUCCGGACUUCUGGGAAUGAAGCUUUUAAGAAGCAAGAUUAUAAAAUGGCUCUAAGAAAGUAUAAGAAAGCUGUGCGUUAUUUGGAUGUCUGCUGGGACAAAGAAGGAAUUGAUGAAGACGGAACUAUUUCUAUCGGGAAAAAGAAGGCACAGAUAUUCACAAACAGUGCUGCUUGUAAGCUGAAACUUGGGGACCCUAAGGGAGCAUUGAUUGACAUCGAGUUUGCAUUGCGUGACGGUGAAAACAACGUGAAGGCUUGGUUUCGCCAAGGUCAGGCAUAUAUGGCGCUCAAUGAGGUUGAUAACGCAGUAGACAGUUUCAAGAAGGCAAAAGAGCUGGAACCGAAAGAUGCUGGAAUAACAAGGGAGCUGCAGGCGGCACAAAGGGUGGUUACUGAAAGACUUGAAAAAUUGAAGGCAGCAUACUCCAAGUGUUUCCCGUAAAAAAAAGGCAACAAAAUAUGAUCGAGCGGCGCACACCUAAGAGUUGUAGUUUUCAAGCCCCAAGUCUCUAAGAGCAGCAACGGCUGCAUCUUUACAGCUUUUGUGGUUUUCCUUAGCAUUCCUUAUUAUCUUCUCGAUACCAUUACUCAAUAAAACGGGCCUGCAAAUGUACAACCAAACAGAUUCUUACAACAUGUUUAAAAAACAUAAAAGAAAGUUAGGAACCAAUAAAAAUCCACCUGUUUUCUGGAUUUCUGGCGACAAGAUUACGGAUCAUAAGGCAAGUGUUUUUCUGCAGUUGAUAUGAGAGAGGAAACUUUUGCAUCGAUUGAAUAGCAAGGUCUCCUGCUCCUGCUUCCAUUGCCAAAGAUGCAUUUGCGGGUGAUCGCAGGCACAGGGUGCAUAUGAUAGUCAUCACCUGACAAAUGUAUGUUAUGUAGGACAACAAGCCGGUUGUAAUAAAGAUGCAAGAGAAAUUCUAUUAAUAAAUGUUUAAAUAUACCAUUGCGAGAGUUUUUUUA